AUGACCACCAUCGCCGCUCGUGUCAACGAUCGAGCAUCACAGUAUCAGAAACUAUCCAAAGAGCUUGCACGAGAACACGAAUACAACCUUGAGCUGGAAGGAUGCACCGCCGAACGAGAUCGUCUCACUGAACAAAUUCGUUCCAAGCAAGUCGAAUUAGGCGCCCUCAUUGAAAACUCGCAAAAGGAAUUUGAUGAUGUGCGCAAGUUGCGUCACCUGUCGUUAAGGUCUGCAGCAGCUACGUUGACAGGCAAGAAACGUGAAAAGACAGCCAUUGGACAAGCCAAGUACCAGCAAGCUUUUGACACUGAACAGCAAUGCAAACGUAAGAUUGAGGAACUUCAAGCUGAAUUGGGUAUCGUGACAGACAAGCAAACUAGCCUGGAACGGCAAAUGGAUCACAUACGACAGACAAGAGAAGAGUUGAACCGCUUGUUGGAUGAGAUCUUUGAUGUCAGUGAUCCCUCUUAUCCUUUGGAACCUCAAUUGAAAAGCGAGCUCGAUAACUACAUUCAACAAUCGGAUACGGCUGCACGAGAUGCCGGUAGAUUUAAGGAUGCUGAAUACAACUUGGAUCAGGCCAAGCGUGAAAUGAACAAGACGAUCCGCGCCUUGGAUAGUGCCAUCAACUAUGUCCCCUUUGAUUUAUUUGGUGUGAGUAUGAUGGAUGAACAUCAAGCUGCAUGUCUGGAACUAUCAAAAAGACACGCCUGGGAAGCUCAACGGCGAAUGAACAUUGUACGACAAGUGCUACCUGAGGUUCCACAUCCAGAGACACUCGACACUGUAACGAACAACAUGGUGCUCAACAAUCUACAAAUCAACAUGAGCUAUGUGGAUGUUGCAUGGAAAGCCAAGGCACAACACACAUUCGCUUUGAUUGCUACAUGUCGACACAACGCUGACAAGUCUCUUCAAUGGAUACGGCAUUACAAGCAAUAUGCGGAAGGAGCACAAGGACGUCUUCAAGUGGCGAUUGAAUCCACAAGGAAUGCAUUGCAUAAUGAACGUCGACGCAUUGUGGAUGGUAUCUUGUCUGGUCAACCAGUGGAUGGGUUUGGUGGCACCUCUUCUUCCGACUAUCCUGAUCAACCUCCACCCAUGUAUGAAGCACCACCACCAGAUACAAAUAAUGCAGCUGCUGCACCACCAACUAUUCCCCAAGACGCUAUGCUAUCACCACCGUCGCCUAGCAACAGUACUUUAUCCAAUAAUACACCGCCAUCCUCAUCUCGCCCAUUAUCACAUCCGCCACCACAAGUAUCACCUGCACAACCUCCACCACCACCGUUAGCUAAUGGAGAUCAUAUACCACCAGCAACCCCACCCAAAUAUAAAUCACAAAACACGCAUAAUCCUUUCAGACAAUAA